AUGCAAAGUAAAAUAGAACAAUUGCGACUAGAUGCAACAAAACGUUCAAUCUCUUUCGAUGAAGAAGAUAUGAGUAUGAAUAAAUCAAGGAAAAUGUCAUAUACAGAUUUACAAACCACCAAAUUGACUCAUGUUUUUGAACUGGAUAACGAAUCAAAUCGCGAACUCUUAAAUAAGAUAAACAAAUUGUUGAAUAAAUCGAAAAGAAUUAUAGUAUUAAGUGGGGCUGGUAUUUCAUGUAAUGCUGGUAUACCGGAUUUAGAUCAUCAAAUGGUACUUUAUGAAUCUGUAAAGAAACAAUUCCCUGAAAUGUCUAUAAGUUCGGGUAAGGAAAUGUUUGAUAUUUCUUUAUUUAGAGAUGAAUUGAAAAUUUCUGUUUUUGCAGCAUUUAUGGAAAAAUUAUAUUCAAAUGUUAAAUUGGCUCAACCGACGAAAACUCAUAAAUUUAUUGCACAUUUGAAGAAUAGAAAUAAAUUGUUAAGAUGCUAUACUCAAAAUAUUGAUGGGUUAGAGGAAAUUUUAGGUUUGGAGUUAUCAACUUGGGAAGAUUUAUUAUUAAAGGGUGUUAAAUUCAAUAAUAUUUGGAAGAAUAUCGAUGUAGUUCAAUUGCAUGGGGAUUUAAAUAGUUUGGCUUGUACCAGAUGUUACCAUAACUUCCCAUGGAGUAGAUAUUGGGCAAGAUCAUUAAGAAAUGGUCAGUUACCCAUGUGUCCAGAAUGUGAAAGGAAAAAUUUAUUAAGACUGAAACAGGGGAAACGGUCAAACGAUACAGUAGGUGUAUUACGACCAAAUAUCGUUCUUUAUGGAGAAAAUCAUCCCUCUGGUGAUAUAAUAACACAAGGCUUAAAUUUGGAUUUAUCCAGAGGUAAGCCUGAUUUCUUCAUAAUAAUGGGUACCAGUUUGAAAGUUGAUGGAGUGAAAAAAGUUGUGAAACAAAUGAGUAAAGAGGUUCACGAAAGAGGUGGAUUAGUGCUCUUGGUCAAUAAAACAAAUAUAGGUGAUUCAUCUUGGAGCGGAGUCAUUGAUUAUCAAAUAAUGUGUGACUGUGAUGAAUGGGUAGAAUAUUUAGAGGAGCAACUUCCUGAUUUUUUCAAGACCCAAAGGCAAAUUGAUAGAAUAAGACAAUUGAAAAGAGAAGCAAGUGACUUGAGAAAGAAAAGAUUACAAUUGAAGAAAGAAACUGGUAUAAAAACUACACCCCCAACUACGCCGACUAAAGAUGAAGUGAGCAGUGAUGGGGAGGAGAAGGACAGGGAAUAUAAGUAUUUAAGUAUGAAACCUGAAGAAGGUAACAUUUCAAAACUAAAAUUCGACCAGAAGGGGCAGUUAAGAAAGGAAACACCACAUAUUCAAACACCCGGUUCGAAACGAAAAGAAGCUUCCGAUGAAACGAAUGCGGAUCUCGAAAAUACCUUAAACGAAGUGACUAGAACUUUGCUGCCGAAAUGA